AAAAAAAAAAAAAAAAAGCUACAAGAGCAGCUUUCUGUCGUACAGCCAUCUACAAGAGAGUUGAGAAGAAAAAUUAAAACGACGCGAUGCUCCCGAUGACUUGGAUGUUGUGCUUCAUGCUAACGUAUCUUCCCUGGAAGUCACCAUUCGCUACUUAAAGCCCUCGCAAUUAUAUGCUCUUCAAGCAACCGGAAAGGUCCUCGGCAGUGUACAUCAUUUUCAGAAAGAAAUAUCGCACUGACUUGUCGCUUUUUCAUACAAAUUGUAUUAUAAAAACUAAAAAAAUGCGACUUUACGUUCUGAAAAGAUUCUGUCACUUGCUACUUGUUAGUCAGCUCUUUUUGCCUUACAAUGACAUCGCUGAGUUUGACUGGAUGGAGAACGAAUAUUGCUUAACCGAAAAGAGAAAGUGGCACGGUGUGUUGUUCCUUAUUGAUGACCAUUUAAUCACAACUGCUCUGGUGGAGCUCUCAGGUGGCCUGAAGAAGGUAUCAGGAACGAAAGAGCUUAACGAUAUCGAAAAGUUCUAUGAAAACAUGCUCCAGCUAUUCGAUAAUAUCCCUGAAUCAAAGCAAAAACGAGUUUUUUGUGCUAGAUUUUAUG